GAGGAAAUGUACAUAUAAAUUCUUUAGCUUCUGUUGGAAACUUAGGUGUUGCUACUAGCAAAAACACAUUCGACGAGGGUUCACUGUGAAUUUGGUUUUGCCUUUUGAGGGUGAUCAACUUUUGGAGUGUUUCUGCAAAAUGGGCACUGAGGAUAAUGGUGAAAUGGGACUCCACUUGUUUCAAUGUGGCUCUUAUUGGGAUCCUCUUGUGUCAAUGGAUCAAAGUUUACAUUACCCAGUUUUGCUUGAUGAUCAGCCAAUAAACAGAAACUCCCACCUUCUUCACUAUCCAUCAAAUUCAAAUCUGGCUGAUAUGCUGCCAAAGAUUACAGCUUUUGAGAAUGAAGGUUUCUCAGAGAUGAUCAGUUCUUUCGGCGCCUCAGAUUUUCAUCCAAAUUAUGCCCACAAUAAUGUGGUUUCCAUUCAAAAUUCUCAAGAGGAUUGCUGGAAUAUGGAAGAGGUGAGAAAGAGGAAAUCAUCAGAGCCUCAUUCUCCAUCCCAUAAGAAUGUUGAAGACAACACAGCAGUAGAUAAUUCAGAAUGUUCGAAACAAGAAGACGAAAAGAAACAAAAAACCGAAAAGAGCUCCAGUUUGAUGGCCAAGUUAGCAGGGAAACAAGUAAAGCACGAUGACUCCAGCAAUGGGAAACCUCGUAACGAAAAUUAUGUUCAUAUGAGAGCUAAAAGAGGCCAGGCUACAAACAGUCACAGCCUCGCAGAAAGGGUGAGAAGAGAAAGGAUCAGUGAGAGGAUGAGAUUGCUUCAAGAACUCGUCCCGGGCUGCAACAAGAUCACUGGGAAAGCUGUGAUGCUUGAUGAAAUUAUUAACUAUGUAAAGUCACUCCAGCAACAAGUCGAGUUUCUGUCGAUGAAACUAGCAACUGUGAAUCCGGAGAUUAACCUUGACAUUCAACAAGCAAUGACCAAAGAGAUUUUUGCUAAUGUACCCCGUCGUGGAUUUAGCCAUGGCAUUAGCUCCUCCCAAACAUUCCCGGGAUUUCGACAGGGAGCUUUCGCUAACAUCCCAAAUACCAUCCCACCAAUUCGCCCCUCGCCUCAGAACGUAUUGAGCAAUGAUCUUCACAGUAUUCUCCCGACGACAUUAGAUUCUAGCUCUUCUAUGAGUAGAAUGGAUCCAAACACAGGGAAGUAAAAACUGGAGUGAGGGGGCGUGAAGUUCUUCAUUCCUCCAUUAAAGCUUCCUUCAAACAAAGAUUCAUCAGACACAGCUUGACUGCAGAAUCUGUUUCAGACAAGAAAAGUAGCAACUACAGAUAAAUUUUCGGAGUUGUAUAGGUCUGCUUAAUUAGCUCCUUAAUCUUUUGUUCUUCGCAUUUUAGCAGAAGAAUAACGUUUAAUGUUUAACAUAUAUGGUCAUGCGUACAUAUAAUGUCGAGUGUUGUUGAAAGCAAAACUGCAUGAUCCAAGGUCUGUGUUAAGUGCAGAUGCAUGCUUCGUUUC